AUGGCGGACAAUCUAUCAGAGAUCGAACUGGAGAAGAUGUUUGAGGAGUUCAUUCCUGGAGAGGAUCCCUGUGCUGACUACCUGACGCACUGUGAUUUCGACCCGCACGUCGCGGAUGUAGAGAAGGAAAGCGACUUGAACCCUAAAAUUUGCGUCAUGGCCCACUCUGCCAUCGCACACGCGCGGGUAUGCCCAACGUUGGUCGUCCGUGACAUCUCAUGCUGGCAAGUCAGCGGCCAAGAUCGCAAGUCCACCCAGAAGGGCACUCGGUCCGACUGCGCUGUCUACCUUGACAACGAGCGUACUCGGAAAAUAGUCGACAUGGACCGCGAUGACUUCAUGAAGACGAGCAGGAUGAGCGAGGAGGACAAGAAUGCUCGCAAGGACUGGGUAGGGCGACGGGCCUGGGGAGAUAUGGUUGCGUUUGUAGAGGCCAAGCACAAGCACGAGGGCUCUGCUUUUGAGUUCAAUAACCCGGGCACUCGCUUCACGCGUGACGACACGGACGGUGGCAGGAAAGCCCUCGGCCAAUUCGCAGAGUACGUCGCCAACAUCCUCGCACACCAGCACCGCACCCACGUCUACGCGCUCUAUGUCUACCGCGAUCAAGCCCGUAUCUGCUUCUUCGAUCGCUCUGGCGGUAUUGUAUCCACACCCUUCCACUACGGGACGACCGACGAUACCACCUUCCAGCGCUUCUUCUAUCGACUCGCAGGCAUGUCCCGCGAACAGCUAGGCUUCGAUCCCACUGCUGUCCUUGCCGACGAAAGCGUGGUGGACGAUCUGAGGGCUUGGGCGGCCGCCGUGCCUACGGAGUAUCUCCGGAAGCUGGCCUGCGAAGCGCUCUGUUGGGAUCCGGCCACGAACUCGUCUUCAUCUGCCGAAUGGCCGACGCACGAGGUUACGUUCAAGGGCAAGACGCUCUACGUCGGCAAACCUGCGUUUUCGAACCUCUCUCUGUUUGGGCGCUGCACUCGGGGCUACGUCGCCAUCGAAAAGGAGACUGGAGAAGACGGCAGCGUCACGUAUUCGAUCCGCUAUCUGAAAGACUCCUGGCGGAACGAUCACCCGAACGUCCAUCCGGAGCAUGAGGUGUACGAGCGCCUUAGGUCUAGGGGAGUUGUCGAGUACAUCCCGACGUGUCUAGGUGGGGAAGAUGUCUUGGGUGUGGCAGGCGCGUGGCAGCAGACCAGGACCGGCGAGCUUCUGCCGUCGAAGCCCCUACAGCGAGGUCACUAUCGUAUACUCCUGAAAGAGGUAUGCCGUCCACUCUCGGAUUUCAAAGACUAUCGGGACCUCGCGAUGAUACUUGGUCACGCAUUGUCUGCGCAUCAGGAUUCCUGGGAGAAAGCCGACGUCCUUCAUCGCGACGUGAGCUAUAACAACAUCCUCAUAUACGAGACGAAGAACGACAACGGGGAUAUCAUCCGCAAGGGACUGUUGGCGGACUGGGAUUUGUCGAAGUACAAGGAGUAUAUGAUUCCCGGUUUCGGCCCGAGGCAGCCAGAUCGCACAGGCACCUGGUACUUCCGUUCUGCGGUGUCUCAGAGAUAUCCAAGGAAACCUUACGCAGUGUCGGACGACAUUGAAUCGUUUGUGCACGUCUAUCACUACUGUGUCCUCCGCUUCCAUGAAACGGCUCAAUCGAAAACCCUCAUGGAUACCAUCCGUUCGACGUACGAAUACGUGGAGAGACGCGCCGAGGAUGGCGCGUAUGUCGGCGGAUUUGUGAAGUUUGAACAGAUGCGUAUUCCCCACUCCGUGAUCAGUCCUCGCAAUAAUGAGACCCUGCGGACUCUGCUCGAACUCCUCGCAGGAAUUUGCGCCACCCACUACGCCACCAUCGAUGCGGAGGAAUUUGACCGGCUGUACACUCCUGUGCCUGAGGGAACUGGGCCAGCUAUGUCAACUACCAGGGGAGACCCUGCGGACGGUGACUCGGAUGUUGUUCAUGUGCCGGAGAUUUUCAUCGGUGCGCAGCAUCGCAUCACUCCUCAGCCUCGUCCCACCCUCCAGGAUCACUCGGAGCUCCUCAAUUUCUUCCGGGAAUGGGGCACCAUCCAGUGGCGAGACAGAGAUUGUGUCAGGAGUUCGGAAGAUCUCUUCAAAAACGUUGGCCUGGCCCCUAGCAAGGACAAUGCCUUCGGGUCGUCACAGAGCGAGUCGUCGCAGUCUCGUGCGGUCAAGCGCCGCAAGCACAACACCGGCACGCCACUGACUAGCGUGUCCGAAAAUGUCGAGCGUCUAGAUGAAUCAUAG